CUCUCUGAUAAUGGACAGAAAGGCUGUUGAUAUCCUGUUCCUUUACGGCAUCUGCAUUGCUCUGAUACACGCCUCUCGUCAGUACCACUAUGUAGCUGACCCCAAGAAAUGGACUGAAGCCCAGACCUACUGCAGAGAGAAGCACAUUGACCUGGCCACCAUCAGUGACAGCGAGGAGCUGCAGAGCUUCUUGCACUGGUCCCAAAACAUCAGUGUUAGCGCCUGGAUAGGACUCUACCACCUCUACCACUCUUCCAGUACGACUCCUGAGACAUAUAAUGCAAUUGUUGGUGGUCAAUCGCAAAACCACAACCAGACACAUAGUCACCCUUUUAUCUGCUAUGAUGAGAGGCUAAAUACAACCCAUGGUUUCAUUUCAAUUUCACCAACGAAAACAUGGAUAGAGGCCCAGAGCUACUGCAGAGAGAAGCACACUGACUUGGCCACUGUGAAGAAUGCAGUGGAGGACGAGGAGAUAAAGAAGAUGGCUGCUGCAAACAGCUAUACAUGGAUAGGUCUACACAGGGUUGGCUGGCAGUGGUCUGAUGGUAGUAACUUCUCUUCCAUCUUUAAUCUCAGUGAAACGCCCACAGCCUCUGCCUCAAAGUGUGUUGUGUUGAACCAAACUGAGUGGGAAGCUCUGGACUGCUCUGUGAGGAGACCCUUUGUUUGCUAUGGUGAGGUCAAGAAGACUGUCCAGUUUCAGAGGAUCCGGUUUCAGUCUGACGUGAAUGUAAAUGAUGCUGCAGUUCAAGAGGCCAUAUUAGACCAGAUCAAGAAGAAGCUGCAAGAGCAUGGGCUUCCAGCAGACGCCAAACUGAGCUGGAGAAAGCAGCCCGAUGGACAGAUUGAUACACUGAUACACGCCUCUCGUCAGUACCACUAUGUAGCUGACCCCAAGAAAUGGACUGAAGCCCAGACCUACUGCAGAGAGAAGCACAUUGACCUGGCCACCAUCAGUGACAGCGAGGAGCUGCAGAGCUUCUUGCACUGGUCCCAAAGCAUCAGUGUUAGCGCCUGGAUAGGACUCUACCACCUCUACCACUCUUCCAGUACGACUCCUGAGACAUAUAAUGCAAUUGUUGGUGGUCAAUCGCAAAACCACAACCAGACACAUAGUCACCCUUUAUCUGCUAUGAUGGUGAGAGAGCUCUUCAGUAUUAGCAUUUUGUUUUGA